UUUUUCUAUCUAAUCGUCGAUGGCGUAUCGGUGGCAGCACACACAUGCCGCCAGUCUGUCGUGUUCAGCUGAACAUGUAGCGGCACGCGGUAGAAAAAGAAAAAAGUCUCUCCUCUCGGCCGACGCAUUUUCUCUCUCCGGUACCGACACUCUUUCUCCACUCUCGACCGGGGUAACCAUACACCACACCGAAACGAAAAAGAAAGAGACACUUCUCUAACAGCCGUAGCCGACACACAGGUAGAGGUGUGUCAACGUGCGGUUACACACCAUAUCACACACCUGGAGGUGGCGUGUGUGGGUGUGGCAGAACUCGCCGUCAAUCUUCAAACAGACAGAGACACACACGAUAGGGACAGUAUGUCCUGUGUAGUGGCUCCAUGUUAGUGACCUAGAGUUUUCCCUUGAAGUGCCAUGUGACCUGGGCGGUCCGAGAACCCGACACCCCGUACUUGAAGUUCCCGGAACGCGGCCCAGUGAAUGUCUGGUUCAGGCGCCGGCCGGUGCCUGUCUCAACUUCAACGUCGAGCUGUCAGCAUGCGAAUCAGAAACAGACAGAAAUGUUGGAGAAAACACAGGACAAAUACCUGGCCGUUGGCAAAGCACAUUGUCCUGGUCUUGCCAUUCAAUUUGUCCUUGAAGGAGUAGGUGUCUCCAUCGCAUGGCUUCUCCUGCUCCUCCUCAGACGAGCGGGGCUCCUUGAUGCACUUGCCCGUGCCCACUGGUGGGAGCCAGUCGAUAUCCGAGGACACCUUGUCGGCAUUCGGCCAGGACACCUUCUCGACAGCGCACACCUUGGGCGCCUCGCACCCCUUGGCGUAACUAGGGACCCACACAACAUCCCACCUCGCGAGGUCUUUCUCUGACCAAAUGAAAUAGAGCAGUGGAGACAAGACUUUGUGGGGAUGCCGAUGAGCCCUCACUCAAGUCGGUCCACUUCUCCUCUUUCCCAGCCUUGAAGAACACCGAGCAGGAUGAGAAGAACAAUGAGUCCCAGAAUGGGCCUGUGCACAUCGGACACAAUGUCAUGAUGGCAUUGCAUCCAGUGCCACUCGCAGCUAUGCCGCGCCUCGCCCACCGUCAUGUGCCUGGAAGAACGCUGCAGCCGUGCCGCUCUGCGGCUGUCCAAGGUCUGCAAUCAGAGCCAUGAAGAACGUCAUGGUGGGUGGGCUGAGCUCAAAUCGAGUCGUACAAGUGUGCAGUGAGCUGACAACGAACCAUUGCAGUCGGGCCCUUGCAGAGCGCAUCCCUCUCCAGUGAUCACGUCAGCAGCGGAGAGCCGAGCAAGGAGCAGGAACACUACCCGACAAGGUGCGGCGAAAAGCUGGAGUUC